CUUUGCAAUCGCUGGCUCCGGACUGCGCAGAGGCCGCUAGAGCGGCUGAAGGGCGGCCUGGGGCGGGGCUGCUUCUCGCCUGCUCCUAGUGGCGGGAGGAUCAGGUCCCGGGCUCACCCGACGUCAUCCCCCCAAUCUUCUCUGGCGCUGGGAUCACCGCCACCAAGGAGAGACCUGGUGGUAUAUGGAUAGGAGGCCAGAGGAGCGAACGGAGCAUGCUAGGAAAAUGCCCCCGUCUUUGGUUCGAGAACCCCUAAUCUCCUAGCAACGGGCUGCGGAACUUCCGCAGACACCAAGGUUUUAAAACAACGGGGGGAUGGCAUCCACUCCUACCAAGAAUGAGGAGACAAAGAGCAACAGGCAGUCUCAAGGUGCAUCCUCCUUGAGUGGAGGGCGGAAGGUUUCAUUAUCCCGUUCUGAGGAAUUCCUGACCCGGAUCAGCACAGAACUCACAGAUGAGGCUUUGUUAAUGGCUCGCUGCUACAUGAACCAUGUGCCCAUCAAGGAAAAGCAGACACGAGACCGAGGGACUCAGAUAUCCAAACACGUGUUCUUUACCAAGACCCGAGGCACAGACACCCGCUCCGACAGAAACCAUACCCGCACAAAGGCACACCUCCUGCUGUGCCCUCGUGAAAAGGGAGCUCUUCCUAACAGCUUGACAUCUGCAGGAUGAGCCCAACCCUCUUUGGUUCUGCUCCUGGCCUCUCACACCCUCCCUAUUUUGUCCCUCUAGAGCAUGCCUCAAAAUUCCUCUUUUGCAACUCGUUAAACACUUCAGUUUGGGGGGGACCCCUGGUCAUGAGCAAUAUCACCCCUGAAGCCUCCGAAGUGAUCUGGAACCAUCACACGACUCUCCACCCUCCGCUGGCAAGGACAUCACCAAGAAUAAAAGGCUUUAAUAAAGGGACAGGAAUCCGCUCCUCCCCCCAACUCAGGCAGUGCUCUGGUGUGGCUUCUCUGGGUGGAGCUGCUAGAGGAGGGGCUUUUUUUUCCGGCCAGAUGUGGAUGCUGGGUGUGGGCAGAUUAUUGGAAUGGUUUUAAUUCAGGCAGUUAUCUAUCCACCUGUGGGCAGAGUGUAAGCUCAUGGCUCCAAACCCAUUCUCCUAGCCAAACUUUAGCACCUUAAGGUUUGGGCCUGUGACACUUCGGAGAGCCCACUCUUGUUCCUCAGGAGCCAUCUCUGCGACCACUGUAGACCCUGAGUGAUGGCCUGUCCCCUCGAAGGCAGUGCAAUAGGCUUUGUGGAGUUUGUAUUUAAUGUUCUUUUUUUUUUUUUUUUGUGGUGGCUGAUCAAACCCCUGGACCUUGGUGUUAUCAGUACCGCACUCUACCCAAUUAAGCUAACCGGCCAGCUCUGAAGUUUGCAUUUAAAUCCCAGCUUGAUCACGUAUUGGAGUCUCCUGAGGAAUUCACAUCUCUGAGCCUCAGUUUUCUUAUCUGAAAAAUGGGAAUAAUAAAUUGUCCCUGUCUCACAGGGUCCUUG